AUUUCAUUUAUAUAAAAAAAAACAAAAGAAAUGAAUAUUUUAAAUAAUCAAUUUCAGUUAAAGAUUGCAACUGCUGGUAUUGUUUCAUCAGUAUUUGUUUAUAAAAUGGCUCAGCAUUAUAAUCAAAAAUACCACCUCAAGCAGUAUAUUUUUAAUAAGAUAUGGUCCCAGUUAAGCCCAAUUAUGGACUACAAACUUCGUCAUUUUAAAGAGGAAUUAUUUAGCCAAGCAGAAGGAAAUGUUUUAGAUGUAGGUUCGGGUAUGGGUCCAACUUUCAAAUACUUGGCCAAUAAUAACAAAAUAAAGAGUGUAAUAGCAUUAGAACCAAACCCAUUCAUGAUGGAUAAAUUAUUAGAAACCAUACAACAACAGCCAAGUGAUUUCCCAAUUCGUGUAUUAAAUAAAACUAUUGCGAAAGCUAUAGAGGAUAAUGAUAUCGAGCCACAGACAUUCGAUACAGUAAUUUGUAAUCUUGUAUUAUGUUCAAUACCAAAUUAUGAAAGAAUCAUUGGGGAAAUUCAAGAUUUGUUAAAACCAGGUGGUAAAUUAUUAUUUAUCGAGCAUGUAAUCUCUGAAAACCCAGUUUACCAAUCAAUAGAACACCUUUUUAAUCCCCUUUGGGGAAUCUUUACCGAUGGAUGUCAUUUAAAUAGAGUUACAGACGGUAUAAUUAAAAACAUGGAUGGUUGGGAAAGAGUAGUUGUCAAUAAUGCUGGCAAACAAAUGUUCAAGCAUGUUUAUGGCUUUGCUGUGAAAGAUUCAAGUUCAAAACCUCAGAAAAUUACUAUUAACUAAUUUUAAUAAAAAAAAUCCCUUGUUCCUUUUUUCAUUACUAUUGAUACAAUUUUUAAAACUUU